GUCAUCGAUGCAAGGUGUACUUGGAGUAGAGAGAUAUUAUCAUGAUAAAGGGCGGAAGUAUCAGGAUUUCUAUGGAAGAUUUCAAUAUGAAUUUGGCUUGAAGUACCCCGAAGAAAAGAACCACGAGCCUGGAAUUUCUGCACUAGAAGCCUACGAUGCCAUCUGGUCCUUGGCUUUAGCAAUGAAAGAAGGCAAAAUCAAUCACUAACAUCUUCUUGACAAGCUUUCCAGCACAGAUUUCAGUGGAUUAAGUGGUAAAAUUCAGUUUUCUGAGCAAAGAUUAGCUCCAUCUGUGAAUACAUUUCGAAUAAUCAACGUUGUUGGAAGGAGUUAUUUAGAGCUUGGAAUCUGGUCAGAUGGAAUAGGAUUUUCCGUGGAAGUUGGUGAGAAUGCCAAAAACAAUGUCUCGAUGGAAAUUUUCGGAAAGUUGUUUUGGCCUGGAGGAUCUCUGAAUGCUCCAAGAGGAUGGGACAUCGCAACUGUCGCCAAUGCAUUGAGAAUUGGCGUGCCUAAUGCAUCCCUGAUCAAGCGCUUCGUGGAUGUGGAAUAUGAUCCAUUGACAAAGAGUUAUGCUGUGUCUGGAUUUUCUAUUGAUGUAUUUAAAGAAACUGCAAGUUAUUUGCCAUAUUUUCUACCAUACAGUUUCCAUUUGACGGCACCUACGAUGCUCUAGUGGAGCAAGUUCGAUUAAAGAACUUUGAUGCAGCAGUUGGCGACGACAUACCAAUAAUAUCCAAGCGAUGUGUAGAUGCAGAUUUCACGCAUCCUCACACUGAAUCAGGGCUUGUGUUGAUAGUCGCCAUUCAAUCACAAUCUAACAGGAGUUGGCUGUUCCUGAAGCCGUUCACAAAAGCAAUGUGGUUCCUUACAGCAUCCAUAAAUGUUUACAAUGGUUUUGUCAUAUGGAUGAUUGAGCGAAAUUACUGCUCAGAAUUGAAAGGAUCACCUUUGAAUCAGAUUGGAACUCUACUCUGGUUGGCCUUUGCUACAUUAUUUUCACCACAAGGUGAAAAAUUGCAUAGCAACCUGUCAAGGGCAGCAACAUUGGUGCGGUUGUUUGUCGCACUAAUCAUAUCACAGAGCUAUACAGCAAGUCUUACAAGCAUGCUCACUGUGCCCAGGCUUGAACCAAAGGUUGCAAACAUUGGCACACUGAGAAAUAGCAAUGCAGUGAUUGGGUACUCGAGAAAAACUUUUGUUAAAGAUUACUUGUUGAAUGUCUUACACUUCAAUCCAAACAACAUCAAGAAUUUUUCAUCAUUCGAAGAAUGUGCCGAUGGUCUCAAGAAUGGUAGAAUUGCUGGAGCAUUUCUUGAGGUUCCUACUUCUAAAGUUUUCCUUGCCAAAUACUGCAAGAGCUUUAUGACAACAGGCCCAACAUACAAAUUUGGAGGUUAUGGAUAUGCAUUCCCAAAAGGAUCUCCACUAGUUGCAGAUAUGGAUGAGGCGCUUCUAAAGGUGUUUGAAACCGGUACACUGAAAGAUUUGGAGGACAAAUUAACAGCGUCUGAGACAUGUGUUGAGGACUUUGAAUCAGACAGUGAAAUUCUUAGCCUAAGCCCCGGCAGCUUCUGUGUUCUAUUUCUGUUUACUGCAGGCACAUCAACAGCAGCCCUGGCAAUCUAUUUUUUUCAUUCCAAAUACAAAAUGGAAGAAUCCACGCCUGCACAUAAGCGACUUUGGAUGCUAAUUCUGAUGGUACUGAUAAGCUGGAGAAAUCAAAAAAGCCAAUUUUCAAGAAAAGUUGGCCAUGCUGAAGGUUCCAGAGAUUCUCCAUUGCAUCACACUCAAGGAAGCAAUCCUCGAAACUUGGUGUGAUUAAAACUACUUCCAUGUAUAGUUUUGUAACAUAUGCAUAUGUGUAAUGUACAAAAUAGAUGCUUGCAUGAUUAGAUGCAUCACUAGAAGUUUGUACAAAAGUGAUGGCAUGUGUACCUUGUAUUGCUAAUGUAGAUAUUGUCUUCCAAUA